AUGAAAACUUGUUACCAACAAAUUGAAUUGAUCGAAACUGCUGAAAGUUUUAUUCUCCAAGGAAAGAAUAGGGAAGCUGAUUUUGAUGCAUCAUCAGUAAAGAAGAUUUCUUCUCAAAAAUUGAGUGCAGUUUUGGGAUCUAUUGAAUUGUUGGCUGGUUUUUAUUUGGUUGUUGUUAAAUCAAGUACUCCUGUUGCCACUAUUGAUAAGGUUCAUACAAUUAAUUCUAUUGGCGAAGUUAAGAUCAUUCCAUAUUAUCAAAAGCCUGUUCCUACUCAACACCAAGCCGAUGAAAGUAGAUAUUUGGAACUCUUGACAACAAUUUUGAAUGAUGGAACUUUCUAUUUCUCUUACUCUUAUGAUGCUACUGUUUCCACUCAAAAUUGGUUUAAACAAGCUUCAACUUUGAAUGUUGUUGGUGAAAAGUCCGAUGAUCAUUUCUUGUGGAAUGGUUUCUUAACUAGAGAUUUCACUGGAAAGGAAGCUGCUCAAGGAUGGUUUGUUCCAACUAUUCGUGGAUUUGUUGAAACCAAGGAAGCUAAAGUUGAAGAUAAAUCUUUCAAUUUGACUAUUUUGUCUAGAUUGGGAUGCAAGAGAGUUGGUACCAGAUACAAUAUGAGAGGUGCUGAUUUCUUGGGUAACGUUGCUAACUUUGUUGAAACUGAACAAAUCAUUGAAUAUAACAAUAACUUUAUUUCAUUCAUGCAACUUCGUGGUAGUAUUCCAUUGCUUUGGACUCAAAAGGCCAACAUUCAAUACAAGCCACCAACUUAUUUGAAGAAGGAAGGAAAGUCAUUCGAAAAGCACUUUGAUGGAGUUUUGCCACGUUAUCAAAAUAUUGCUAUUGUCAACUUGAUCAAUCAAAAGGGAUCUGAAAAGGUUUUGGCUGAUGAAUACGAAGUUCAAUACAAGUCAUAUCCAAAGAACUCUGACCUCAAGUAUAUUGCUUUUGAUUUCCACAAUAAGUGUAAAUCAAUGAACUAUUCUGCUAUUUCUGAAUUGACUGAUCAAGUAGAACCAUCUUUGAAGCAACAUGGAUAUUUCCAAAUGAACGUUUCAACUGGUCAAAUUCUCUCAGAACAAACUGGUAUUAUUCGUUCUAAUUGUAUUGACUGUUUGGAUAGAACCAACGUUUGUCAAAGCAUUUUUGCCAAGAUUGUUUUGGCUACUCAAUUGACUAGUUUGAAUGUUAUGCCAUCUAGUCAAAAAGUUGCUGAUCAAAAGUCAUUGAACUAUACAUUCCAAAACAUUUGGGCUGAUAAUGGUGAUAGAAUCAGUUUCAUUUAUGCUGGUACUGGAGCUAUUAAGGCAGAUUUUACCAGAACAGGAAAGAGAACACUCAACGGUCUCUUGAACGAUGGUAUCAACUCUGCUACUAGAUAUUAUUUGAAUAACUUUAAGGAUGGUAUCAAGCAAGACUCUGUCAACUUGCUUUUGGGUAAAUAUGCUGUUAAAUCCAAUGCCAAGUCUCCAUUUGAACAAGAAAAUCAAUCCAAUGUCUUCUUCUCAGUUCUUAAAUAUGGAUUCUUUGUUUCCUUAUUCAUGGUUGCUGCCAGUGCUUCAAAGGCAACUACAUCGGGUGGUCUUCUUAAUCUCUUAAUUUACAUUGCUCUUACUGUUAUUAUUUAUUUCUUGUUGGUUAAGAAUGGAAGAAAGAUUGUUAAUAAUCCAUGUCUUACCGAUCCAACUGAAGAAUCCACACACUCCAAACAACAAUAGUUUUGUAAACAUUUUUUCACAAGAUGUUAAAAACUCACACUGAAUUCUUCUAGCAUCAAACCUGUAAUUUAUAUUUCACAACAAAAUAAUUUAUUAAAAUCAAUAUUCCAUUAAUAAU